CUGCUUUAGUUUCCUCAAGUAGCUUUAUCCUACAUUGACCAUUAAUUAAAGAUAACAUUCUUAUAAACUGUUUUUUAAUUGUCAAUUUCUUAUUAAUUUCACUGAAAACAUGUAUACAAAAAAGUAGAUCAAAAGUAUUUCAAAAUAUAGUUCUAUUAGGGACUAUUUAAUUGAAAUCGAGAAAGUGCUUGAGAAAAAGGGAAUAAUAAUAUACAAGGAAUAUGGAUGAAAAGUAAACAUUAAUGUAGAAAAUUAAAAAAAGUUCAAUAGUUAUAGGUUUAAUAUUGGUUUAAAUUGAUUACCUGAUUUCCUUUAUUUAUUCAUUCAUUCAUUCAUUCAUUGAUUUAUUUAUUUAAAUUAAUAGUCUUGACUAGGUAUCUUUGAAUUUAACCAAGCAGGUCCUGGUUGUUCAUCACAUGGGAUGGGUGCCUUUGUAGAGCUUGGACCUUUUGGCGUCAUCCCUGAUGGAAAAACCCUCUACCCUAGACGAUAUUCGUGGAAUAAAGGGGUUGGUUUCUCUUAUUCCAAUACGUCCGCCGAUUAUGGAAAGUCGGGAGACAAGAAAACUGCACAAGAUUCCUACAAGUUCAUAGUAAAUUGGUUCAAGAGAUACCCACAAUACAAGGCCAGAAGUUUAUACUCGUAUAUUGCUGGAGAAAGCUAUGCAGGAUUCUACAUCCCAGAGCUUGCCGAUUUAAUUGUCAAUAGGAAUAACUUGCCCAAGACCACCUUAACGAUCCAACUGAAGGGAAUUAUGGUUGGGAAUGGAAUCAUGAAUGGGGACACGGAUGCAAGAGGAUUGUAUGACUACAUUUGGAGCCAUGCCUUGAUAUCGGACGAAACUCACAGCGCGAUGCUAGAGAAUUGCCUUCCCAAACGAGGCAAGAAAUGUAAUCACAUCGAAAGCGCGGCGGGAACAGAGAUGGGAAGUUUAGAUUUUUACAGCAUCUAUUCACCAUUGUGUUUUGAUUCCAAGAGUCCAAAGAAGGUAAAGAGGAAUGCAGGAUAUGAUCCUUGUGAAAGUGACUAUGUUCAUUCUUAUCUCAAUCUCCCUGCUGUACAAAAAGCCUUGCAUGCCAAUACCACUAAGCUUCCUUAUGUUAGGAUUGGAAAAUUCUUCUAUUCAUAACCAGAACAGAAUUACAAUAGGAGGAGCAACUCUCUCACUCAACUAUUACAAAAAACCAACCCUUUCAUACACUCACACUCUAUGUGUAUUGCUCUCUAGAUUUCACUCCGAUUUUUUGAUGCAUUUGAUCAAGCUAGAACCACCCUAUUUAUAGGGAAAUGCUGGGAGACAAUUGCAUGCAGCCCAUAUAGCAUCCCAUGCCUUCCCAUGCCUUCCCAUGCCUUCCCAUACCUUUUAAUUGAUGGAGGAUGGAGCUUCAUGCCAUGGAGAGGGUGUGUGUAUGGGAGCUGCAGCAAUCCUACAAAUCUCCCCCUCCAGCUUUUUCCGUAAUUCUCUCAUUCCAAUGAUGCUUGUACAUAGCUUGUGCUUCUCGUGUGGCACCACUUUAGUUAGCAUGUCUGCCGCAUUUUUGUUUGUGUGUAUCUUGGAGAGCUUUAGUUCAUCUUCCUCAAUUGCUUCUCUAAGCCAGUGAUAUCGAACAUCGAUAUGUUUUGUGCGUGAAUGAUACAUCGAGUUCUUGCUAAGAUCCAUAGCACUCUGACUAUCACAAUGAAUGAUGUACUCCUCUUGAGGAUAGCCCAACUCUUGGAGAAAACGUUUCAGCCACUUGAGCUCCUUCCCGGCUUCAACAGCGGCAAUGUAUUCAGCUUCUGUCGUAGACAAUGCUACACACCUCUGCAACUUGGACUGCCAUGAGACGGCUCCCCCUGCUAGUGUGAAUAUGUAACUUGAAGUAGAUUUUCUACUAUCAAGAUCUCCAGCCAUAUCAGCAUCUGUAUAACCUUCCAAGAUUGGUUUCGCUCCCCCGUAGCACAAGCAUAGCUUUGAUGUACCCUUCAGAUACCUAAGUAUCCAUUUGACAGCUUCCCAAUGUUCUCUUCCUGGAUUUGACAAGUACCUACUUACAACACCAACCGCGUGAGCAAUAUCAGGUCUUGUACACACCAUUGCAUACAUCAAACUUCCUACUGCUGAAGAGUAGGGUACUGCUUUCAUCAUCUCCUUUUCUUUCUCAGAAGAAGGACAACUUUCCUUACUCAACUUGAAGUGAUUGGCUAGCGGAGUGCCUACAGGUUUGGCACUAUCCAUGUUGAACCUUUUGAUCACGCAUUCAACAUACUCUUCUUGUGAUAAGAACAACUUCCUUGCCUUCCGAUCGCGAACAAUUUUCAUGCCCAAAAUUUGUUGCGUCGGGCCUAAGUCUUUCAUAUCAAAAAACUUAGACAAAUCUUGCUUCAAGUUGUUGAUGAGGGACACAUCUUGGCCUACUAUCAACAUAUCAUCCACAUAGAGCAGAAGGAUGAUGAAUUUUCCAUCUGGGAACUUCUUCAAGUACACGCAAUGGUCUGCCACUGUUCUCCUGUAUUGGUGCUUCACCAUGAAUGAGUCGAACUUCUUGUACCAUUGCCUCGGGGCUUGCUUGAGGCCGUACAGGCUCUUCUUUAACAUGCAAACAAGAUGUUCUUUCUUUGGAACUUGGAAACCUUCGGGUUGCUCCAUGUAUAUUUCCUCUUUUAGAUCACCAUGGAGAAAUGCUGUUUUCACAUCCAUCUGUUCAAGUUCAAGAUUUAGACUGGCAACCAACCCGAGUACCACUCGAAUCGACAUCAUCUUCACAACCGGCGAAAAGAUCUCAUCAAAGUCAAUUCCCUGUUUUUGUUGGAAUCCUUUGACCACGAGUCUUGCCUUGUGCUUCACAAUAUUUCCCUUGAUAUCUUUCUUCACCUUAAAAACCCAUUUGUUUUUCAAGGCUUUCUUUCCUUUGGGAAGUGGCACCAAGUCAUAAGUUUGGUUCUUCUGCAAGGAUUUCAUCUCAUCUCCCAUGGCUUCCCACCAAUUGGACUUGUCUUGAUGGGAUUGAGCUUCUCGAAAGCUCUCUGGCUCCCCCUCGCUGGUAAGAAGGAUCCAAUCAGAUGUCGGGUACCUUCUUUGUGAAACAGUACCUCGCGUAGAACGUCGAAGUUGUGUGUUGUCAGUGUGGCCUUCAGAUGAAUGCUCCCCCUGCUCAGGAAUUCCUCCAUCUUGAACAUCAUCAACAACUACUGGGCCAUCAUUCACUGGUUCAGUAUUAUCACUCAUUUCCUCGUUAUUGAGAGGAACGUGUGAUACUACAUGAACGUCUUCAGGAGCAUGAGAGAGAUGUUGUUUGUUGUGUGUUGGAGUAAAAUCAUGAAAUUGGGAUUCAUGAAACACUACAUCUCUGCUUCGAAUAACUUUCUUCAUUUCGGGAUCCCACAACCGGUAUCCAAAUUCUUGAUCUCCAUAGCCGAUGAAGAUGCAUGGGUUCGACUUAAGAUCAAGUUUUUGCCUCAACUCCUUGGAAACAUGUGCAAAUGCCUUGCACCCGAACACUUUCAAGUGAGAGUAAGAAAUGUCUUUUCCUGACCAUUUCUUCUCAGGAACUUCAAAGUUUAAGGGAACUGAGGGUGACCUGUUUAUAAGAUAGCAAGCUGUCAACACAGCUUCACCCCAGAAUGGCUUUGGUAGUUUAGCCAUACUGAGCAUGCACCGAACUUUCUCCACAAUAGUUCGAUUCAUUCUUUCGGCUACACCGUUAUGUUGUGGGGUCCGUGGCACCGACUUCUCAUGUCUGAUUCCAUGUUCAGCACAAUAUGCUGAGAACUCCCGGGAAGUGUACUCGCCUCCGUUGUCAGAACGAAGGCACUUCAGCUUCUUUCCUGUCUCUCUUUCUACCAUAGUAUGAAAUAUUUUAAAGCGAUCAAAUACUUGAUCCUUAGAUUUGAGACAAUAAGCCCAUACCUUUCGUGACGCGUCAUCAAUGAAUGUCACAAAAUAUCUGCUGCCUCCAAGUGACUCCUCUUCAAUGGGUCCACAUACAUCAGUGUGGAUAAGAUCGAGUAUUUCAGAAUGAUUCUUUCUAGUGGAACUGAAAGAAACUCGAUGUUGUUUCCCAAAUAGACAGUGCUCGCAGGGAUCCAGAGCGACAUCUUUAUCAAUAAAGAUUGCUUCCUUCUUUGCAAGAGUUGUCAGUCCUUUCACGCUCAUGUGGCCUAACCUCCGGUGCCACAGAUUUGGUGAUGUCUCUCCUUGAACAGCAUUGAGACUUGGAGGAUACAACUUUACAUGGGUUUUGUAAAGAGUACCACAGAUAUGACCUCUUGCAAUAAUCAUAGAGCCUUUAGAUAAUUUCCACGCACCUUCUUUGAACUGGCUUUCAUACCCCUGCCGAUCUAGAGCAACUCCUGAGAUAAGAUUCAAUCUCAGAUCUGGAACAUGCCGAACAUCUUUCAACACAAGUGUGCAGCCAACACUUGUUUGAAUGUGCACAUCUCCAAUGCCAACAAUGUUUGAGAAACUCGUGUUUCCCAUCUUCACAGCACCAUGGUCUCCGGAAUUAUAAGUUGCAAAUAGACUUUGGUGCGGAGUGGCGUGAAAUGAUGCAGCGGUAUCAAUCACCCACUCAAUAUCAUGCGUACCUACGUGUAGGCAUGCUUCUUCUCCGCAAGUAACAAGUGCAAUGUCCGGUGCCAUGGUGACCAUGGUCUCACCAUCUUCCUUGAUUGAACUUUGACUCGUCUGAGGCUGCUCCCGUAGAAACUUUCGGCAUUCCCUCUUUCUGUGCCCGUAAUGACCACAAUGGUUGCAAUAGCCCUCAAACCAAGUAUUGGUAUCGACGGACUUUCCCCGCUCUUGUGAUCUUCCUCGAGCUUGAGAUCUCCCUCUACUUUGACCUCGAGCUCUGCCUCUGCCUCGACCUCGUCCUCUACCUCCAUUUCUGCCUCCCCCUCGCCUGCUGGUUUCUGAGACGAGAGCAUAAGACUGAUCAGUCCCAGCUUCCUUCCUUCGUGCUUCCUCAUUCAUCAAGGCGUCCGUGACCAUCUGCAUAGUCACGGUACCAUUUGGGGCAGAAUUACUGAGAGUAACAACAAGAGUCUCCCAAUUAUCAGGUAGAGAGCUAAGCAAAAGUAUUGCUUGUUCUUCAUCUUUGAGGACCCAUCCGGUGGUGCUCAAUUGAUUCACAAGAUCCUGGAACUGGCUCGUGUGUUCCGACACAGAAAUGCCACCACGUAACUUGUGGUUCACUAAUCGUCUCAUCAGCAGCGUUUUAUUCCGAGCAGUUUUUGCUUGGUACAUGCUACUAAGUUUCUCCCAUAGUGUGUGAGCACUUUGCUCUUGAGAAACAUGAUGGAACACGCUAUGAUCAAUCCACUGUCGGAUUUGUGCGACAGUUUUUCUGUUCAUCUUAGCCCAUUCUUCAUCCGUCUUUUUAUCUGGUUUGACGCCAUUAUUAUCAAGAGGAUCUGCUAAAUCUUUCAAAUUUAACAAAUCCUCCAUCCGUGGUUUCCACAUGUUGUAAUUUGUGGAAGUGAGCGCAAUCAUUGUAUCCGAAGAUGACUUUUCCAUGAUAAAUAUGUACACUUAUUCCCGUACCUCAAUUUGGAAGCUGAAUUAGGCCAAACGGAGCACACCGUUGAAUCCGGAAUGGCCGAAAAUGGUGGGAACCGGUCUCACCUCUUCAAGAACCGGCCGGGAAGAGCGUGAACCGGAGUAUUGAACCACAAGCCGAACCGGACCGGUUCUGGCCCAAACCAGUGGGCAGCCAACCAGGCUGAUGACGUGGCACCACCUGGACAGUGACGUGUUGAUGACGUGGCAUAUGACGUGUCAGAUGACGUGGCACAGCAGGUGGUCCAACAGGUCGGCUGUCGGUGACGUGGCGAUGACUGGGCAAUGACGUGGCGAUGAUGUGGCGAUGACGUGGCGAUGACGUGGCGUGCUGACUGGUCUUCUUCUCCGGCGAGGUUGCUGCCGGACUGGAGUACUGCAGCGGCUAUGACUGGCAGGAGAGAGAAACUUUGACCGGACGUUUGGAGGCCUUCCGGUGGUCAAAAAAUUCCGAAAAAUAUAUUUUUGGAAUCCUCAGAACGAGAGCUUGCUAAUGGUGGCCUCAAAACAAGAUUCUGGAACAAAAAAAUUUUGACCAAAAAUUCGGGCAGAAUGAAGAAAUCUGGGUUUCUGGAUUAACCUGGCUCUGAUACCACUUGUUAGGAUUGGAAAAUUCUUCUAUUCAUAACCAGAACAGAAUUACAAUAGGAGGAGCAACUCUCUCACUCAACUAUUACAAAAAACCAACCCUUUCAUACACUCACACUCUAUGUGUAUUGCUCUCUAGAUUUCACUCCGAUUUUUUGAUGCAUUUGAUCAAGCUAGAACCACCCUAUUUAUAGGGAAAUGCUGGGAGACAAUUGCAUGCAGCCCAUAUAGCAUCCCAUGCCUUCCCAUGCCUUCCCAUGCCUUCCCAUACCUUUUAAUUGAUGGAGGAUGGAGCUUCAUGCCAUGGAGUGGGUGUGUGUAUGGGAGCUGCAGCAAUCCUACACCUUACACUUGGGAACUCUGCAGUGAUUUGAUUCGAAGCUGGAUAUAUGGACCCUCAACGAUGUUCCCAAUAUAUAGGAGGUUAAUGGCAACUGGUCUCCAAAUACUUCUUUUCAGUGGCGACCAAGAUGCGGUGGUUUCAGUGACUGCAACCCGGUAUUCCCUCAAAGCUAUGAACUUGACAGUGAUAAAGCCUUGGCAUCUAUGGCAAGAUGGCACCAAAGAAGUUGGUGGAUAUAAGGUGGUUUAUGAUGGUUUAACAUUCGCCACAGUUAGAGGAGCUGGGCAUCAAGUUCCACAGUUUCAACCGCGUAGAGCUUUUGCCUUGCUUCAGAUGUUCCUAGCCAACAAUCACUACUAAGUUCAUGGAUCGAUUUUCUUUGACAAUAAGACAGGCUGAACCGAGACGGAUCUUGUUCAUUAUUCAUGUCGAUAGCUACAAGCAACGAAUCCGGACUACCAUCUUGGCCAGAUUAUUUUCAGCAUAAUUAAUUUCUUCUCCUUUUGUCACAUAGCUGUACUUAUUUAUUCUAGCUCAUAUAUAUCCUUGAUGAUGAUAAUAACACAAUUAGAAGAAGAAAUGAUU